AGUCUAAAUAUUUCAAACAUGGAUGCUCCUUUUAGCACUGAAAACAAACUUAAAAUUGUCUCUAAAUUCUUGCUUGAUAGUCCACCCGGAGAAGUAAAUGACGUUUUCAAUGUUGGAAUCUUGGGUGCCUUACGGGAAUACAAUACCGAGCAAUAUACCACUGUAAAAAUUGACGAUGAAGAAGUUAUAUUAUCCAAGUUUGGCCAAAUCAAAGAUAAAGUUGAUUCAUAUGUCGAUCCGAAAUCUCGCCAAGUUUUCGAGUUUGAUCAUUUGCAUAAAAUUACGAGAGUUAUCGAACCACAUCCUCCGGAUGAAACGACAGAACCGCUUAGAAGUGCUGUAGAAGCUGCGUUUACAGAUUACGUUAAAGACCAUUAUCCGAAUGGAGUAUCAACUGUUUAUUCUACCGAAGAUGAGACAAUAACAAUUGCUAUCGUGGAUAACAAAUACAAUUCAUUGAAUUUUUGGAAUGGACGAUGGCGCUCAACGUGGGUUGUAAAGCCGGAAUCUGGUGAAUUAAAGGGAAGUUUGAAGGUGAACGUACAUUAUUAUGAAGACGGAAAUGUUCAAUUGAAUUCCAACAAAGACAUCGAAGUAUCAACUUCAACAACUGUCGAGAAUCCAUCUGCCGCCGCUGCUGCAUACGUUAGAUUAAUUGGAAAAGCGGAGAAUGAAUAUCAAACAGCUUUGAAUGAAUCAUAUAUUGAAUUAUCUGAAAAUACCUUCAAAAGUUUGAGACGUGCCCUUCCAUUGACGCGGCACAAACUAGACUGGGACAAGAUUUUGAAUUACAAGAUUGGACAAGAACUUGCAAACAAAUAA